AAAGCUACGAUUACUGACCAGCGAAUUCGCAGAUUGACUCGAUCUAUGAGCAUCGCAAGUUUCACCGAUUCGUGGGUAAGCAAAAAUUCAUACCAAACGUUGAAACAGGCUGAGGCUUAAAUUUCAAUUGACGGGAAGUUGGUGAUUUCGGGGGGAACAGAGGAAGAAUUAUUACGCUUUGUGCUCGUAGGACAAUGUUAUUACGGGUUUGAUCCUUGGUCGUCCUUCCUUGUCGCUCCGCCGAGAUGGACUCGGUUCGACCCAACGAUAAGAAGGUGAACGUCGACAGCCGGCUUCGCAAGACCCACGUCGUCAUGCGUAUGCUGGGAUUUCACUUGCUGGAUUACGAAUCUCGUUACGAAUCGUCCGGUACGACCAGAAGCGAUUUAUUUCUGCGUCUUCUGGCCACAGCCUCGCUAUUGUACAUCGUGAUACCUGCGAUAACAGCGAUGACGCAAUUCUUUCACGAUUUGCGUCACCUUUCGGAAGUGACGAGCGUGGUGUUGUCGUGCACACAAAGCUUGUCCCUGAUCGCGAACCUUUACCUCCAAGAAUCCAAGUACAGACAAGUGGUGAAGAAGAUGCGCGAAGAAUUGUGGACGGAAUCGUUGACUCCGAUUUUAUGGGACCAGUUCAGAAUAUUCGACCGCUUCGCGGCGAUAAUAACGAUGUAUAUGAUCAUAGUAUUCUACGGGGUGCUCUCCGUGUACUUGACGAGUCCAUUGUGGUUCCAUAACUUCAAUUUGUACAAAGACUUGAACGCCAUGCGACGGAUCCCAUUCAUCGCUAAAUUUUACUACGACGAACGCCCAAGUCCCCAAUACGAGAUCACGUACGCUUGUCAAAUCCUCGGUUGUUUUUACGCCAUGACAUCCGACGUCGGUCUCGUUUCACUCUACGCUAUCCUGAGCAUGCACCUAUGCGCCAAACUUCGUUUACUUACCGUAAAGUUCACCGAAAUCGAUGCCACCACCACCGCUCAAGACUUCACCGAAUUGGUUCGCGAACAUCGGUAUCUGAUCCAAUUCGCCAAAGAUGUUGAGGACCUUCACAGCCCGAUACUGCUCGUACACUUCCUUCUCAGCACCAUUUUGAUCUGCCUAAACGUCGUGAAACUCACUUCCGUAUCGGUACACCAGAACAGAUUGGAGUUUUCCCUCUUCGUGAUGUACUUCGCGGGCGCUUUUUUCGAAAUUUUCAUAUUGUGUUGGAUCGCCAACAAGGUUUUCUUGGAGAGUGAGAAUUUGGCGACGGCGAUUUACUGCUCCCGAUGGUUCGAAGCGGCGAAACCGGUCCAGCACGGGGUCCUCCUCACUCUGAUGCGCGCCCAGUCACCCAGCGUACUCACGGCUGGAAAAUUUUUUCCCAUAUCUCUGGAAAGCUUCGGCACGGUUUGCACCACCGCCGUGUCUUAUUACACGCUUUUGAAGUCGGUCGCUCCAGGUUGAGUAUUACCACUGCGAUGAUUCAUUAUUUAUAGUGUAGUAGAUCACGCGAUAGACAUGCCGCUAGUUUUAUUUAACUCACGUGAAAGCAACAUUUGCACUCAGCACGAUACUCCUUCGAACACUUUUCUCGCACAAGUCACGCUUUAUUGACUCAGGUUGAAUUUCAUCGAAUCUUUGAAAUUAGGCUGCGCUAGUUUGCCUUUUUUCUAUAGGUAUUAAGGAACAAGUUUGUACAUCUGUAGGUACGUGUUACUUAUGCCUUGGGUCAGAAAAUUUUUGUAAAUUUUUUGGUUCACUUGUCGCCGAGUUUGAAUUUCCCACAUGUUACUGUAUCGGACAAAUAAAUAAAUUUGAUCGCUCGUAGUCUCGA